AGUUUAUAAAGAGCGCUCAUGGGUUAAGAACACGUUUUCGCUAUAUUUCGUUUGGUCUGCAACAACCAACAGCAAACCAACCAAAAAACUACUCCGACGAACGGAAAACUAACAACCAAAAGUCCUAAUUAAAAUGUGAACUAGUGAAUUUCGAACGGUUCCAGUCGGUGAAUUUUAGUUUUCAUCACUUGCCACACACACACAACAUUUUAACAGAAAAAAAAAACAAGUUUGCACCUUUGAUUCUUCUUCAUCUUUUCAACCAAAAAAAGAAAGAAAAUAUACCAUUUUUCAAUAUUCAAUUUUGAUACAAGGUCAAUUUCAUUUCCGGACACAUUUUUCCUCUCCAUUUCAAUUCAUUCACGAGGUUUGGUUUUUUUCCUCUUGGGCGACAAAUUUUCAUUUGUGAAUGACAUAAUUUAACUCAUAGACCACAGCACGUUGCGUGAAUUUCAUUCAAAUACCGCAUUGGUGUCAAGUUUUCCCAUUUUAACGCGACUGAUGCGGAAAUUUAUCGAAUUUUCCAAGAAACAUCCAAUUUUAUUCCGGUUUCAACAAACAAAUUAUCGACACAUUUCAAUAAUUUCAUUUAAAAGCCCUAAAGAAAAAAAAUCGAUUCCGAUUUGUUGGUUCAGUCGGCCGCACGGUCGCACACUAGCACAAGCACUUUGAACAAAUCAAAGCGUAUAAUCUACGUGCUGUCCACUGUGAUCAACAUUUGCGUGCAUGCAAAACAAUGUUGACAAACGAAAUGAAGAAAUAAAAAAAAAAACAAAUAAACACAACAAUUAAAACUAAAGCGCCAAAACAAAAGUCAAAUUAUUCGAUCGCAUCGUGUGCAAUUGUUAUUGUUUUAUUCUCUUUCUCUGCGUGUUUGUCUGUAUAUGUAUGGGUACAAUUUGUCUACCGAGUGAUUAUUAUUGGCCGGCAAAAAAGUGGUGCAUUGUAAUUCAUAUUUAUGAGUACAUGUAAGUUGAAAACAUUCAUUCAUGUGAUUUUUUGUUUUGUUUUUCUAGUUUUGAAAGUGUCACGCGAAUUUUUGUGAGUGUUUUAUUUGAACGCGUUUAGCGCUUGUUUCAGUGUCAAUGCAAAUUUUAAUGAAGACAACGGUAUAAUUGUUUAGCAUGCGUUUUUUUUUCUUCACAUUUGUCUUCUUCUUCAUUGGUGUUUUUAUUUACAUAGUGUUCACCUUGUAUCCGGUCGAUGCUGCUGAAUUUUAUACAGCACAAUUGUUGUUGAUCAGUAGAAUAUCAAAUCAUCGCCGCACACUUUUUUGUUUUGUUCUAUGGAAUGCGCAAAACUGACGAUAGAUAAGAACUUGAUUAUGAUAUUGACCCUAAUUUUAUCAAAUGCACUCAUCAUUCAUGAAUUAAACGCAAAUCGACCGUGUAUGGAAAAAAUCGAUAAGCACAGAUAUAUAGGGAAAAAUAGAACGCUUCGUCAGGCUUGGUAUUUGUUUUAUUUCUUCAGAUUUUUUAUUGUCUCUCAUGUCGAAAUCAUCUCAUCACACACUAUUUGCAUGGAAGCGUUAUCUUGUUUAGGGAGGAGGGUAAUUCACUUUCUUUAAAGUGCCAUAAAAAGGUGAUACACAAAUGGAACAUUUUUUUGCGAAUCUUUAUGAGAGAUCUUAGCUACUUUUAUUCCAUUUAAUUGCCUGUCGCUCAUUUUUUUAAUGGACGUUCUUUUCUCUUUUCGUUACAUGGAGCAGACACAACGUAAUGGAACCCAAUGAGGAAUUAUGGUAUUCUUGUAACGCGUAUUGUAUGAAAGUGUACACCGUUUGUGCACACACUGUGUACAUUUUCAUUACAAAAUUGUUACAGAUAUUGUACACAUUCCUCAUUGGGAAUUAUCAGUCGAAUGUUAAGCGCAAUGAAUAUUGAUGGUGAUAAUAAAUGCAAAAGUGGUAUUAGUUGUGUCAAAGACCACAAAGAAUUCAAUCCAAAUAGAUAGUAUUGUAUGAUGAAAACGCUCUGGUAUGCAGAAUACAAUUAACGGUAGAUGAGUUCGCAGAAUAAAUGCGACUCAUUCAGUUUUCCAUUGCUGUUUUUUCGAUGAUUAACCUCUGCAUAUAUGCAAAUUUCCUCUAACGAAGGAAAUCACUGUCUCGUUCAGGAUUAUUUUAAACAAUAACCUUCCCUUUGGUUAUCGAGCAUCUUAAGUGAACAUUAUUUUGUUGGCAAAGCCUUAUGUGACGACUCGGCACUGCCGAGAAGUAUAAUUCUCGAAAAAUACAUAUUAUUCUCAGUCAAUAGCGAAAAUAUUUCAAAAAAGCCAUUAUGAACGACAGUAAUGAAGACGCAUCGAACUCAUUUACUUGCAAACAAAUGAAUGUUUACAUUUAAAAAAAGAACAAUAUGUCUGAAGCACAUUGUCGUCGUCGUCGUCGUCGUUAAUUGAAAGUGUUGCAGAAUAAGCACUCUCCGAUUGCGAUCACAUUUAUCAUACAAUCGAAGAUCGAUAACGGCCGCUCAUGUAACGCAAAAAAAUUUUCUUAUCACUCACGUCGAUUUUUAUAGAAAUCGGCUAAAAUUAAAAGGCUGCAAAAUCAACAAACUCUGAAUCGAUUUCAUGUUUAAUAUCUUGGAACAUGCGACUUAUUCAAUGUAUCGUUUGGGUUCUAUGAGGUCAUUUACGAAUUGAUACUUACAGGUGUCGCAUGAAACGUGAUUGAAAUGCUUACGAAAUGUCAACGAGUGGCCGAUUUGCUGUCUGUCUUCACCAUUUUUGUUGAUCUUUCGAUAAAACUCUGUUGUCACACGAAUCAAAUGGAUGUAAACGUGUGCUUGUUUGUUAAUGCCUUUUUCUUCUGGUUACGGUGACAUGAAUUUUAAUGGCAUAUGACUUUUCAUUGACUUUGUGCGGCAAUUGAUUUUUGUCUGUUGUUCUUUUUUCUUUCGUCACAUUUAUUUUGGGCGAAUUGAUGAACGAUUCGCAUUUGGGACGUCAUGAAUGCAGCACAUGACUCAGCUUCAAUUGAUGGAAAAUGCAUGCGUUGCAAUUGGCUGGUGAAAAAUAUGUUUCGCAUAAACGGAAGCUGCGAAGAUGAUUUUUUUUCUCAUCCACAUUCCAUAAACUAGUGCAGUGUAUUAUCGAAAUCAGCAACGUUGCGCGCAUUUACGUCAAGCAUUCGAUAUCGCAUCGAGUGUUUUCUCGUGCACUUCUAUGUAGUGAACUUUAGUGCGUCACCACCAAUUUAAUGAAUGUGAAUCGUAGAAAAACACAAUUUCCGAGAAAGCGUUUUUUGUUUGGGGUACUCCCCUGUUAAAAACAAAAGAAAGAGAACCGUUUCAAAAAUUUUGCGCCGUUGAUGAUGUAUUCAAAAGGAGCGCAAAAACAGAACAAAGGGAACUUUUGAACUGGUUAUAAAAUUUUACAAUCAUCGUUGAAUACUUCAUGAAACAUCUUGAACAAAAAAAAAAAGGUUUAUUCAAAUGGUGAAUCCCAUCAAGAUAAAAGUACUUUCCGCGGAGAGAAUAAAAAGCAAACCAUUUUCCCCCUUAUUUCGGAUGAGCCAGGAAUUACCGCAAUUUUUGAAUAAUUACCAGAAACAUGACAAAUCGCUGUUUUUUCAGCUAAUUGAUUCACUUUGAAUGCUCAUCUGCUUAGAUACUUGUUGUUUUGUUGAUUUCGUGCGAUGCGGGUAUAUUUUUUCUAUCGUAUCGCUGCAAUUUGGAGACACACGCGGGACUGUGUGUUAGCAUGCACUGCGAUUCAUAUCGCAGGGGAAGUGCCUAUAAUGACAACUGUUUUUUCUGUCGUUCGUUUUUCUUCAAAUCAUUUCCAAUCAUGUUUGAUGCUUCGACAUGUAUAGCUAAAUGGCGGGAAGCGAAAGAGCAUGCGGAAGUUGACUACUGAUAUUUGGAUUAAUGUCGAUUCACAUUUAUUUCCCAAAUUCUUGAAUGUAUUUAAUGGGAUUGAUGAGUGUAUGUGCCAAUCUCAAACACAGCACUUAAACUCUAAUCAUUCAAUUGUUUUGGACAGUUAAACCAUGGCGCGUGCCAGCUAAUUAAAUACUUGUUCUUUUGAAAAUGAAAAGCGAUAAGGCGAAUUUUAAAAAAAACUGCUCAAUUGCUCACAGCAAAAUAGCGGAAAAAGGCGAAUAAAUAAACAGGAAAGGAUUUGGAUUCGAAAUUAUGCAGUUUCACAAGAAAGAAAGAAAACAAACAAAUUAAAUUAUCAUACUAAGCCAGCAUCAAUAUGUCUCUUUGACUCCCACGUAUUUUUUGCUGAGGUGCAGAUAUCAUUUUUUUCUUCUAAGUUUCGGUAGCGUUGAUUUGGCGAAAAAACAAUUCUUGAUUAAAAAAGCUCUCGAUUCCAUUACGUGAUAACAAGUAAGUGAUUGAUUAAAAAUCUUCUAAUCAUAGUGUGAGUAUAUGUUAACUCACACCUUGGCUCACGAAGUUAUCUCAUGAAUUUACUCACAUUUAUAUUUUUAUAUUACCGUUCGACACAUGAAAAUAAUGCGAGUCCAUGUACAAGCGCCUUCGUUCGCGUUUAAAUUUCACCAUUUGAUUGAAUAUAAAUGUCUAUGUAUAGUUCGAGUCGAUUUCAAGAGACUGACAGAUAUUGCACGGAUAAGGUGUACCGCGCGCACCGAUUGUUGUCGUCACACUCUCUAUUACGCUGGUAUUUGUACACAACUGCGUGUACAUUAAAAAAAAAAUUAUAAAAACGAAAAAAAAAUGAUACUCGAUUCGUUAGUUACUGGAUAACAUUUACCGCAAACGGUUGUCUACUCACACGCUUCAAUUACACCUCAAUUUUCAGUUGAUCAAUUACUGUCGAUUGUUCAUAUUCAUUUAAUGAAAUCAGUGCGUGCAAUUUUACAUCUGUUAAACGUGAAUCUAUUGAACAAUUUCGAAAUUUAUGAACGAAUUUUUGUGUUUGGAUCAUUUCCGCAGGAGGACAAAAAGUGUGUGUUUUUUAUUACUUUUUUUCUGAAAUUUUAAACAUUUCUGUAGAACAAUGGAAUCUCUUUUCUCUUCACUUCACUUACUUUCGUAAUAUUUUCGGAAUAAAUUCGCCUUGUUGAGCCGUGAGUUGGUUCUCUGUUUUUGAACAAAAGAAAUUUUUUGUUUAACAGCAGCCCCAGUUUCAUUGAACUGUGUUUGCUUAAUCAAUUUCGGUGUUUUGGUCUGUUUUGUGGAUCUCCAACAAUCGAUACAAAAAUAAUACGGAUAUUUGAUGAAUUAAAAAGAAACAGUUGUCUCUGCCUUAAUUCGAAUGCUAAUUUCGAUUCUCUUCUUAUUUUAAUUCAAUUAAAUUAAAUUUAAAAAAAAUACGAACAAAAUUUUCUGGAUGAUAAAUGUUGCGUUUACUUAGUAUGGUAGCCCUUCUUUGUUGUAGCUGAACGCUACCAGAAUGUUUGAAUUAUACUUGAACUUGAACUCGAACUCUGAAUCUCCAUGUCGAAGUAUGAAUUAUAGAUAUGAAUCUAAUUGAUUGACAAAAGACGCAAAUGAGUGAUCAUUUAGCGCUCAUUAUUAUUAUUUCAUUCAAGAGAAAAAUUAAACAAUCGCCUUUUUCCUGAGUCUCUUCAACAUUUUGAUGAUACACAUAAAGAUUAAGUAGAAUCAAGCCCAUUCUUGCAAUUGGCCGUUGGAAUUUAAUAUUCGCUGCUCUUACUCAUGGCAUGUCAUUUAAUUGACAUCCAUAUCUAGUGGUGCGCUCAAACGAAUCGUUCAAGAAUUUCUCUGUGCAUAACAACAGAUAAUAUUGAUAUAGAUAAAGCAAUAAUCAGGCAUAUUUGUCCUUGUCAGUCGGCCAAUCUUUUGAUUAAAAUUUCCUUCGAUUUCAUCGAAAAAUGUCAAUACAUAAUUUUACAAAAGUGAUGAUACAGAAUUGAUAUAACAUAUAUACAGCUUGUAACUUCAAGGUACUCCAACUAUUACGAAUGCGGCCAAAUAUCUGUUAUAUUUUAAAUGACUGGUUUGGGUUGGGAUCAAGUUAUGUUUGAAGAAGACACAAAUCAAGAAGAAACAUGAAGACAAACCUUAAAAAAAGUGCAAUAAAAUGGUUUCGUUUAGAUUAUGCUUUUGAACGAGAAAAAAAAAACUCGAUAUCAAAACACCUCACUCUCAUGGAAAAAAAAUUGUCGACUCAAAAAAAACAAGUAUCGUCACUGAUAAGAAAUGUAUUGGUGUUGUAUUUACUCAUCAUAAAGCUGUUAUUUACGGUGAUUUUCCGUAGAAGAAGAGGAAUAACUCUUGCAUAUCAUGAACUCGAUCAAUCAUUGUUUCAUUUGAAUGAAAUUCCAUUUUUUUCCGGCAAAAAUGUUACGAAUUCAAUUUGCAGCUGAUGUUAAUGGUGAUUCAUUAAGGCGCAAUGUUGAUUAAAUCACUGGCCAAUUAUUACUAGAUAAAGAAGGAAAAAAAAGUCAAAUUAAAAAAGAAGAAGAACAAAAAUAACUGAAAAAAAUCGCACGGCAUCAUGGACAAUGGGAUUGUGAAUAGAAAAUCAUCGACUGUGACAAUAACGAUGUAAUGAGUUUUUAUCGUUAAAGCUAGAAAGAAAUGAUAAUGAUAAUAAUUUAUGAUGAAUCAAAAAGAUUUAAUUAGUAACCACGACAGUUACAAUUUGCACAUUAUAAUCGAGAUAAUGUGCAAGAAAUGCUAAACAGAUGAAUAGGUCUGAUAAAUUAGAAUUUUCGCUCAGAGAAAAUAUUGUGUUUGCAAUUUGCGAAACACAGACAGCCUAAAAGUUUAGACACUGUCCAUGUGUUGUCAGCACGGGAAAUGUGCCUUUCUGUGCAGUGUAUUUUCAUUAAUUAGUCAAUAGCCGUAAUUGCUGAUUUGUUUCACUUGCAAAUUCGAAUUGAAACACGUUUGCAAGCUAAACCGCUGUGACAUUGUGUCAUUUGAAUGAAGAAACGAGCCACUAAUCAGUUGGAAUUUAACUAAAAAAAAAAACCAAAUGACAAGACGAGACGGAAAAAAGAGUUAAAUGAAGAUGUGAAAAAGACCAACUUGUAAAACAAGGGAACAGAUACGACGGAAAACAGCAAAAAAUCGACUUGAAUUAUUUGCCGCCGCUGCUAACGUAAAUACAAUAUUGUUUAUGGAGUAGCAAAAUGAUAAUAGCAAUUUGUGCUGCGGCUUCACGUCAUCGAAUUAGUGGUUCAGUGCAUAAACGUGCUUGAUGAUAAUUCAUCAUCGUUUUGCAACGAAACAAAACAGAUGUAACGGUUGUCUCCAAACAAUCAUUGUCGCACCCAGGACUUUGACUGGCCACUUAUUAUUAUUAUGAGCGGCGAGAAAAAAAUAUUCCGAUGUUUUGAUAACACACAACUCAUCGAGAAUGGCUACUCGUGCGAUUACAACAAGAUUCGCAAUCAGACGCCCAAUCAUAGCAGGGCAAUUUAUGCAUCGAUUACUAAAAUUAAGCUGUAAUAGCAAAGUGAUAGUGCACUAAAGUCGCUUUGCUUUGACGUAGAAGCUGUACAAAUGAGAUGCAAGGUGAAUAUUCUGUGAGAAGAAAAAAACGUAGCAUUUUCAUUGAGUGUACAAUGAACUUGACAGUGUCGCAGUCAGUCGCAUUCAACCUUUUAAAGUUUCUAUUUUCUCAAACAGACAAAUUUUCAAAAACAUUUUCAGUCUUAGCAUUUAAUGCAUUCUUUGUUAUAUGUUUGUCUCAUUCAUUAUUAUUUAUGCAUAAACACAUUCAAAUUUUCGAAAGAGUUCGAGAUUACGUGGGUUGCAAGAGCUCAAGUACCUGAAUUGAGCAUAUAGUUUAUUCAAACAGAACAAUCGACGGUAUGAUGCACUUGCGAAUCAAUGACAUGAAGCAUUUCAAAUGUAUAACAUUACGAAUGCGAGAGAAAAAAAAAAACGGCGACAACAGAAUUGAAGUAAUGAGCGGUGUACAACACAACCGCAACCGCAUUCAAAUUUAUGCCUUGCGUCGCUUCGAACGACUGUUUGCGGAUUCGAGUAAUUUUCUUUUUAAUUGACAUUGAGAUACCGCAUAAUGAGUUGAAGUGUGGUCAAUUUUAUGUAUUUUAGUCAGAGAAAGGAGAAUUCACAGGCGAAUGCUAGAAUUAAACAUUUAUUCUUAGCGCUUCUUACGCGGCAAAAUGCUCGAAAACUCUGAUUGAUACAACCAACUAUUACCUGUCAUUUUAGGAAUCCAUGACUCAAAGUUUUGACUGAAGCUAAUCAGUAAACGUGAUCGGUUUAUUAACUAUAUUGGUAUGCAUGUGAGCGACUGGCGCACGUGAACCUAAUUUUAUUAGCACUUUUAACAGUAUAUAUCCUCAAGUGAAAAACGUGCCACUGAGGGGACUAUUUCAAUUAUUAGAGAUACAACAAUAGAAAAUGCAGAUAAGUGGAAGGAUAUCGGGGUGAUGUUUUUUGAAAUUCCUUUGAGUUGGCUAUAAAAAGAAUACUAAGAAACACCAUGAUUAGACUUAUCAAAGCAAUUCUUCUGUUGAGUAUCUCUCAAUCAAUCCUAAACUCUUCAAUAAACUUGACUAGUUCAAUUUAUCUGAAUAUAUUGAGAAAAUUAAGAGAUAAAAACAUGCAUUGUGAACGAUUUUUUAUUCUCAUAGCUACUUUUCAUUUGUUACAUUUCAAUCGCCUUUAUCAUUCCAUGAAAUCACAUUCAAUGCAAUUCAAAGUGAUUCAACUGAUAAUUCUCAGAAAGUAAAAGUAUGUUCAAGUAUGACUACCGUGCAAAAUAUAUGAAAUUCAUUAAAUUCGAAAAUGUCACCAAUUACCAGAGUAAAACCUUUUGAAAAAUGCAUAUUGAUUGUAACAAUUCUUAACGAAAUUGUGUAGUAAAAUCAGAAAAUUCUAGAAACUGUACCAUGACCAAGCCAUUUAAAUUUCUUUUUUUAGCAAAGCAUUUUAAAAUUCAAAUAUAUAGACUAUUACACAAUUUUACCAUAGGCAAUGCACAUAAUUGUGCUCAGUUUGAAUUUCCAUCGAUUUGGUUCGUAGAAAACCCAUAUCUCAAAAUUACCUACCACUAAUAAUAAAUCACACAGGUGAAACGUUAAUUAUGGAGUGUGUCUGUUCAAAAAUCGACACAACAGUUGCUCAGGAAUGAUCGUAAUAUGUUGUCGCCUUCAUUGAUUUAUUUUGUUGUCUUUUUUUUAUUUUUGCCCUUUUUACUCAAUCAGCAACACAAACAGAUGAUCUGGUUAAUAUUGAUUUUCCCAUAUUGAACCCUAAAAAAAGCAACAAUGGAACAUAAACGAAUGUUUCGAGUUCUUUUUUUGUUUUCUUUCAACAGUAUGAAAUUUUCAUUCGGAGUAGGAACAAAAAACGAACAAAGAAAAAAAAAAGUCUUAUAUUACUGUGUACACACGUGCGAUGAGAAAGUCGUCACGAGCCAUGUGACAAUCGCUUCGCUUUUUAUCGGCUCAAUUUACCUAUGGGCUGACGCUGAAGUGUAAAACUAUCUCCUGUAUAUAAUAUUACGUUGUUGUCUAGGGCAAUAGCGUUUAUUUAAAUUACGUUCGGAAUCGUGUGAAUAAUGCGGUUGAAUUGUUGUUGCAAAAACUAAACACUGCAAUUCGUGUGCAGAAUUUGCUAUUUUGUAUUCAUUUGCAUUUCAAUCAUUUCGAUUUUUGCUGAGGUAUGCAUCUUUUUUGGCAAACGAAUCUUCAGUGCAGUGCAAAAAAGUGUGUUUUGAUGCUUGAGCUGAAAUUAAUGUGUUGAAAAGAGCCACACAACAGACACACUUGCGCUUACAUUUUAAGCGAUACAAAUACACUCACGCACACCGAAUGCCGACAUCGUUUUCUUUUGUUUCUCGUCAAGACAACGCACACACUGACAAGUGCGAGGAAGAAGAAAGAAGAACGAAACGUCAAUACGAUUAGAUUGGAACAACGAGAGAUCGCUUCACAACAAUUGUUGACGUUUUGAUAAAUCAUAUCUUGCAAUUGGUGUAAAACUCUUUUUAGUUACAGAGUUUUUUUUUUACUUUUAAAUUCUAUCAUUUGGCAAACGUACUGCUUGGUACUGUGAAAUAAUUUUUUGUGUCAAGAAUUCACUUAGUCUUCUAUUUCGUGUCUGUGAAUCGAAUUAAAAAACUUAGGGAAACCAUUAAAAUGUAUCGUCGCACGAAGAAAUCACGUAAGAUAAAUUCACCUUGUUAGUUGUCUUUUGUAUUAGUUUUUCGCCCGGAUUGUGACAUUUCGGAGUUAUCGUUUAACACAAUUUCAUGUCAUCUAUUUUUUGUUAUUAUUUGGCGCGUUCAGUUCACCAGAUUGGUUGAACUGAUGAAAUUCCUUGCGGUGGUUCCAACUGUUAUCGUUAAUGGCAAAUGUGAUGAAAUUGACGCCAAUUUGUACAAUGAAAUCAUUGGAUCCCACCAAUUUUCUAGGUUUUGAUAAUAUUUAUUUAGGUUCAUGUUCAUAUGGGCUUUGAUUUCAUAAUUGGUAUUUAUUGUUUUGCUUCAAUUUUACUAGAAUCAAACAUUUCCUAACAAAAAUCGUGAUCAUUGGGUUAACAUUUCACUAUGAUACCCUUUUCACGCAUAUCCUACAUCCUAAAAUGUUUUUAUUUCGUUCAAACUUUUCGUUAAUAAUAAUUGAUUGAAUUUCUAGCGGUUAGAAUCUAGCCAUAGAUAAAUUGAAUCAGAAAAUGAUUCUUAAUUUAUGUGAAUUGCUGGCAAUUCUUUUUUAAACAAGAGAAACGUGAUCGGAAAUACGAAUAAAAUAACCAUUUUCUAGAUGGGAUGGUUCGUUCUUUUCAAAUAUGAAUGUGUGUUACGUAACUGAUCGUUCAUUACAAAAUACUUCAGACUUUGAGACAAUUAUUUUUGUACACGUACAAUAUUGUCAGAUUCACCGAUGUCUGUUUUAUCAAACGGCAAUGAGAAAUAAAUAUGAAAUGAUUCACAAACAUGUGUUACUGCUUAUGUUUCGUGUCGUUCGAAUUGCCAAAGUUGCAAAAUGGAUUAGUGGGGCACAAUCUGAACCUAAUAAAUGUUAAUUUACAAAAAAUGCUUCUCUGUUCAGCAUUUUGAACUUGAACUCAUAGCUUUGGUUCGGUUCGCAACUAGCAUUUCACUUUACCAAUUGCAAAUUGAUUGACGCACGAAACGCGUUUCCGACUCUUGCAAUUUCUUAAAUCGAAUUAAAUAUCGAAAUGGCAUUAAAAAUUUGCGCUAAGUUUUUAAUGCGGUGCAAAUUAGCAUCUCAUGCGGCAAAAAAAGACACGAUCUGAUAAAGUGAGAUUACCGGAGAUAUGCAAAAAAAAAACUUUGUGAUAAUCGAAAGUCGUUGAGAUUCGGUUGAAACGUUCAACAAUUUAUAUCUAUUAAUGUAUUUUGAUUUACGUAGAUAAUCGCCACUUCUUCAAAAAUUUUGACAAUUCAAAUUGUUCAUUUGUGCUAUUAAUAACUGAAAUUUCUCUCUGUAUCUUUCUAAUCAUUUCUUUUCAUUUUAUUUUGAUUUACACAUUGUGGCAGACAUACUUUUGACAUUGAUCCAAAGUUAAAAUGAGCCUAACAAAAAAAAAACUAUCAACAACUUUUUCCGACCCUUCAAAGUGGUUCGAUACUUUUUUUUGUAAUUCAAAUGAUUCUUUCUCAAAAAAACAUACGUGUUGAUUAAAACUCCCAUUCAAUAGAAAAAUAAUUUACUGACGUAACGGAAGCUUGUUAAACAUUAUCGAAAUAUUUACCCGAUCAUUGCGACGUUAUUCAAGUGCAUAAAUUAUAAGCGAAAGUAAACAAGCUGCCGUGUGAGUGCAACAGUUUCUCAUGAAAAACACGCAAUUAGUCCCUGUUCAUCACUAAGAGGUUUGAAAACAAUGCGAAUAUUUUCGUAGACAUUCGAGUGUAGGCAUAUUAAUUGAGUUUUAGUCGAUUUUUUAAAAGUGUAAACAAGCUAGAACACAAUUCGAACGAACGUCAAAUAUUUAUAUUUCAGUCGAAGUGUCACAAAAACCAUUUUUGUACAUUCCGUGAAUUGUUAUCCGGUCAUACUGAUUGAUUUAUGGAGCGCAUUUUUUUUAUAUUACAUUACGGGUAUUUGAUUGAUAAAAAUGAGCUCAGCACAGAAAAUAUAGCCCAUAAUUGAAAAAUUACCCAUAAAUUGUAGCUAAUACGUUUCAAAUUAGCAUUGCGCAAGAGGCAACACAGUUGAUCAGGAUUAAUUGAAUCCGCUAUCAAAAUUUUAGAAUUGUUUAUCGAAUUAAAAUCUAAUCAAAUUCAUCUGUAACAUGAUAUACCAAUGGUCACGUUAAUUGGUGCGUCGAAAAUUAAUCUAACAAUGGAAAAUUGAUAUUUUUUUCAAAAUCAUCGAUCAUAAUUAUAUGAUCCGUAUCGUUCGUUCUUUUUUUCUUAUUUGCAACUUUCAAGUGACACCUGUUGACUUAACUUCAAUAGUUGUGUCAUUGUCGUAUAUCGGCACAAAUCCAAUUUACGAAGAGCAUCAUUCUGUUUUAGUAGUUUUUCUCAUCAAUCUGUUGUUGCUGAUGCCAAGAAUAACAUCGUAAUCAUACUACCAACUGAAACAAUCACACAUCAGUGAGCUAACUGUAUAUUUAGCCAAAUCUGUAAUUGUUUAGCAGUUUAGAUGUCCCAUUUUUGAGCAUUUGAAUCCAUUAUGAACGCUUCGUAACAUGUCUACAGCCGGUAUGCUACUAAUAAUCAUCGUAUUAACAAUGAGAAAAUAAAAAUUGUUUUGCACUCAGUAAUGAAAGUCAUGGUCUUGUUUGUUUAAUUGCUUGCAAUUGUGUUCACAACACAAAUGAAUCGUGAAACAUGUGAACGACUUUUCGGUUUGUGUUGCCGAACAGGUCUUUAUAUCGUACGAAUACAUAUUAAAUGCUAUCAUUCACUUCCGCAUUUGGGAAAAAGCAGUAGCGAAUCGAUUCGCAAUAAGAAGGCAAAAACGAUCAAUCCUGUGGCCGAUAUGACGUCGAUGAAUAUGUACAAAUACAGCUGGUUGAAGAUUGCAUUUGUGAGUGGAGUCAAUCCUCUCUUUCCAUAUUUUUUUUUAAAAUGUAAACACUUCAAGUAAACAUUACGUAUCAAAGCCUUCAGAGAGAUGAUGAUCUAUUGAUAAGAUGUCAAUUCGCUACAUCAUAUUCAUAAUAAUCGUCAUAAUGAUGAUACAGAAACAAGAAAUGUACAGCGUCACACAAAGCAAUAAACAUGGUGUAAAUUAGAACACUAGUCUCUGUAUGUGUGUAAAUGUCCAAACGCCCGUACGGUCUAUGUUAUGGCUAGUAUGUCCAUUAUCGCAACAAAAAAAUCGCAUUUAAAUUCCAAAAUCAUUGUUGGUAUGAGUGAUCUAGCUAACAAAUCGAAUAUCGUUCUUAUGGGGGUAAAUGAUGAAAAUGUACACGUUGUCACACAUCAUUAUAGUGUAUUAAAUACGGUGACAAUACAGAAUGCCGUACGACGGUACGAAAAUGAUAUUUAAAAAAAUUCAAAAGCUAAAACGAACAGUUGAGUUCGGGACAUGAAGGGAUAAGCACACGAUCCACACGGCGACAGACGAAUUCAUUUCACCAUUUUUUGUGUUCUUUUCUUUCGUUUUUCGUUUUUCGUUUAUUGUCUUAAGUGUGCAAAUUAUACAAAUUACACAAUUGACACUUGAGUCGAAUUCCCACAUUUGACAAAUUUGUUUGAUUAAUUUGAAUUUUCCACGACAUUUCUGUAUGAACUGAAUUGAUUGUGACUCCAGGUGCACAUUGCUCGAUUCAUCGAUUCCUAAUGAAUAUAACUGUUCUGCUGAUUGUACAAGUGAUGUUGACAAAACCAUUCUGAUGAAGUGAUAUUCAAUUUUGCGAUACAAUUUUCAAAUGGUUGGGACGUGACAUGACAGAUAAAAAUCAGCAAUUUCAAUUUUUUCUACCCGGCAAACUGAUACCAAGCGGAAACUAAACAAUUGAUCGACUAAAAUUAGGAACAAUAAAAGUGUCUCUCUAGAGAAAAAAAACCAAACAAUCGAACAUUGCCCAGAAUAGAAAAAACGGAAAUAGUUUACAAAAAAAGCACAACAAAACCGUCUUCAUGUAAAAUACUCAUAAAAUUUUCACACAUUCUGUUUUUAUUACGAAAAGUGAAGAGAAAAAGAAAUUUCAAGCGAGGAAACAGGAAAAAAACAAACAUAAAUCGAUAAUUUUUUACAGUUACAGUUGUUCGGACCGACAGCGACCGCUUAACUGAUACAAAUCAAGUAAAAUGUAAACCAAAAUGUAAAUUUCUCGCUUUUGACUUGAAUUUUACCACAAAAUCGAAGAGAUAGAUAAAACAGUCGUCAGUCAAAAGCUAGUAUACGCAGCAAGCCAGAGAUACGCGGUUAAUACCGGGAUACAUCAAUGGUUUAGAAGGAUCUGUACCAAAUCCAAUUCACCUGAAUGAAUCGACCUCAUUGUAUGGCUAAACAUCAGAAUCUUGCACAUCGAUCCAUUAAUACGUGCAAACAAAUCGUUGCCGGAACAGCAAACGCCACACCGCACCACAUAAUUCGCGAUAAACCGUGCUUAAGGCGCGCAUUCCAAAGCCGCAAACCCAAAACAAAUAAAUAGUAAAAACACAAACUUAAAUUUUCAUAAACACUCGUUGACAUUCACCCGGUAACAGUAAAAAAAAGCCACGAUCAAUUUCAUCAAAAAUGCCGACCACCAAUAAGAAAAUACCAGAUAUCAGUACAAUCACCACCACACUAUCAAAACCAACAUCACAAAUAGCCAAAGAGAAUGGAAAAUCUCCUCUUUCUCCGCUUCCUCCAGUUCCAACAAUUGUCGUUAACAUGAACGAACAAAAUAAUAACUCAAUCAACACAUCGAAGCAAGGCAUUCUGAAUGGUUUGCCCGAAGCGUUCACUGAUAUCGAUUUAGUAAAUCAUAACAAUUUAAGCGAUCACCCAUAUAUCAACGAUUUAUACAAAUCGUAUAUCAUUGAUAAUGAAAACGAAAAGUUUUCUGCCCUACCUCCUUCAUCGCAUGGUUCAUUAAGUUCAAUCACGACGUCGUCCAUAGCAUCAUCUGAGGAUCCGAAGGGUGGCGACCUCGGUAGCGGGGACUUUGAUGGCAAAGGAUUCGACCGUAAACCAUCCAAAGUGGUACAUCAGCCGAUCAAACAAGAGGAAUGGUGGAAAACAACGUUGCAAGUGUCGAUUCCGUUUUUAAUUGCUGGCAUUGGAACCAUUGGAGCUGGUCUAAUUUUGGGCCGUGUUGAGCGAUGGAAGGUGUUUCAGCAUAUUUCAGAAUUGUUCAUACUGGUGCCCUCAUUGCUGGGUUUGAAGGGCAAUUUGGAUAUGUGCCUCGCAUCACGUUUGUCAACGCAAGCAAAUUUAGGUCGCAUGACAUCUAAAGCCGAAGUCAUUCACAUGGUUGUCGGCAAUAUUGCAUUGGUGCAAGUGCAAGCGACCGUUGCUUCGUUCAUAGUGGGUCUCUUUGCGAUUAGCGUCGGCAGUUUAAUGAACGGUGACAGGCCGUUUGUUUGGUCUCAUGCAAUGUUACUGAUUGCGUCAAGUAUGUUUACGGCAACUUUAUCAUGUUUUGUAUUAGAUUUUGUUUUAGUGGCUGUGAUACUUCUAUCGCAUCGGUUCCAUAUGAAUCCGGAUAAUCUGGCAACUCCACUGGCUGCAUCUAUCGGUGACGUCGUUUCAUUAAGUGUUUUUUCCUUCAUUGCCUCGACACUUUUCGAUAACUUGACGACACAUAUCUGGGUGACAUAUGUUCUUGUUGGCAUUUAUUUGCUUCUAUUGCCUAUCUGGAUUACUGUGGUCAUAUACAACAGCUACACGUGCAAGGUUUUGAAAAGUGGCUGGAUUCCUGUUUUGUCCGCACUUUUCAUCAGCGGAAUGGGUGGAUUAGUACUUGUUAAUGCAGAGGCUUUCAAGGGAUUUGUGGUUUUCCAACCGAUAAUCAACGGCAUUGGCGGAAAUUUGGUGUCCGUACAAGCGAGCAAAAUAUCAACGAUGUUGCAUCAAAGCUCAAUUAUUGGCAUCGUGCCACCACAUACAGAAAUCUGUGAAUCACCAUGGAGAGCAUUGAUCAAAGGUGUACCAUACGCAAGAUCGGCAAAAAUUUUAAUCCUCAUGUCAAUUCCCGGUCAAAUCCUAUUCAUUUAUGUGGCUGAUUACAUUCAUAGAGACGAAUCAACCAUUGGCGGCGUAUUCAUAUGUUCAUACAUGUUUGUCAGCUUGCUUCAAAUCUGCACAUUGCUUUAUAUCGCGCAUAUAAUGAUCCACGUGAUGUGGAAGUACAAAGUGGAUCCAGAUAAUUCGGCUAUACCAUUCUUGACAGCUCUUGGUGAUCUGUUCGGUUCGUGCUUGUUGGCGGUUGCAUUCGCCUUUAUGAUUUCCAUUGGAAUGCCAUACGAUGGAAUCGAUCAACUUGAUUUGAGAACAACAGUACCAACGUGGGGAGAAUAAAAGCGUCAACAAUGUUUUUUAUCGUUCUUUAAUUUUUGUAUUAAGUGUGCUAUACUGCGUUGUUUUGCAGGCAUCCAGUGAUUUUGAGUUAGAAUUGGCCCAACUUGUUUAAUAUUUGGAAAUCCAUUUUUUCGGGUUGCAAAUUUCGUUUCUGAGCGAUGGCUGCGUUUUAUGCAAUUAAAUUUUAGGUUUUUUUUCUAUACUUUAAACUAAUUCGUUUAUUUCAUUGAUCAAAAUGGAUCAGGCUUUCACUGAAAGCUGUUCACGCUGACCAACAACAAAAAUUGAACGAUUUUACAUUGAUCAUUGAAAAAAAUGGAAAAAAAAAUAAAACCAAAAACGGAGAGUGGUUUCAAGUUUCGAGACACGAAAUCGAUGUAGCGUCUGAUGUAUUAUAGAAAGUGAGAGACUCAAAGAUAGGGAUUGAAUAUGAAUAAUGUUCAUACACAUUUUUUUAUUUUUUAGCGCUGUAGUGUUGAUUUAAUUUAUACCUUAAAUAAAAAAAAGACACAAGAUUAUAUUCCUUACCAUAUUUUACGAAAUUUUUAUUGAUUUCAUUUUUUUUUAAAUUUUAUCGAAAGAAAAAUUGUGCUUCGCUUUUAAAUGUUGACAAUUCAUUAUUAUUGAAAAAGAAUUGUACCCACAAAAUGGAAUUAUUUCGAUGUAUUUUCUCAUAUCUUUAUGUUGAUGUCCAGAAUUUUGCUUGAAACAAAUUCAAUUGUAAAAUUGUUCUAUUACCGACAAUAAUAAAUAACAGCAACAACAAUAAAAACACGAAGAAUUAACAAUGAAAAUUAAUCAAAAGUUAAGUGAAAUCGCAAGUUGGCCAUUCUAAUACAGAAAGAAUGAUUUGGAAUUCAAAUCUUUUUUUUUUUGUAAAAUUAUCCACGUUGCAGAACAUUUUAAUUGAAACAUUCACAUUAAUGCCAAAGAUGAGAUGCAUUUCCCCCAAAAUUGUACUGUGAUGUGUGCAUUAAGUGCCGCAACGAUUGAUCUUCGAAUUAUGAAUGCUUUUUUCGUUGUACAAAACGAUUUCAAUUGGUUUAACAUCUUAAUUUUUGGCCUUUUCAACGAUUUAACAACAAAGACUUAAUAUGAAUAAAUGAUAAGUGAAAAAUAAAAUACAUUGUUUAAUCGUUUAAUAUGUUUCAAUUUUGAUUGGUGUGUGUGUGUGUGCGCGCACACUGCGCCUAAAAAUAUGAACAGAAAAUACGUAUCAAUCACAACAACAAAAAGAGACACAUUACUUGUUACCUAGCAAAAAAAAAAGACAAAAUUAUCAUGUAUAAAAAUGAAUAAAGAAGAACAUAUUUUUGACAAUACAAAAUAUUGCAAUUUAAACACAACAACAAAAAUCAUGUGUGUGUGCAAGUUCCAAAGCAACUGGUGCUUUUGUUAGGAGAAUAACAAUCAUAAAUGUUGAUGUUUUUAGUCUGAAUAAAUGAAAGAAGGCGAAUUUCAAUUGGAGAAUGAAAUGUCGAGAGCAAUCAAGGAAAUGAAAAUAAAAUUUUACUAUUUAAUGUGAUUUCAA